GCGAGCGCGGCUCCCGCAGCUGAAGAGGACUCGAAGGAAGCCACUGUGGGAGGCCCCGGCGCCGGGCCCCGUUAAGAAGGCGGAGGAGAGAGAGGGCGGAGGCGGCAGCAGCGGAAUUCGUCGGUCUGUCGGUCCACCCCGCCAGCGAGCCGUCGCGGCAGCAGCAGAAGCAGCAAGAUGAGCAUCGAAAUCCCGCCGGGUCUGACGGAGCUGCUGCAGGGCUACACGGUGGAGGUGCUGCGGCACCGGCCGCCGGAUCUCCUGGACUUUGCAGCGGACUACUUCAGCCGCUUGAGGGACACCCGAGACGAGCAGCUGCGGGAGGGGGCGGCCCCCAGGGCCAAAGGGGUCAACUUCGACGGGGAGCCCAUGCAGACCGAGUCGAAUGGCGAGGACGAGCGGAGGGAAGCCGCGGACGACGAGGACUCGGAUUCCGACUUCGAGCCUCCUGUUAUCAACAGAUUCAACAGAAGAGUAUCAGUCUGUGCGGAAGCAUUCAAUCCAGAUGAUGACGAUGAAGAUACAGAACCAAGGGUAGUGCAUCCGAAAACAGAUGAGCAGAGAUGCAGGUUGCAGGAAGCAUGUAAAGAUAUCCUCAUCUUCAAAAACCUAGACCAGGAGCAAUUGUCACAGGUUCUCGAUGCCAUGUUUGAAAGGAAAGUACAACCUCAGGAACAUGUAAUUGACCAAGGAGAUGAUGGAGACAACUUUUAUGUCAUUGAACGGGGAUUGUAUGAUAUUUUUGUAGCACGAGAUGGCCAAGCGCGUUGUGUUGGCCGCUAUGAUAAUCAUGGCAGUUUUGGGGAACUGGCCUUGAUGUACAACACUCCUAGAGCAGCGACGAUUGUUGCCAUAACAGAAGGAUCCCUUUGGGGAUUGGAUCGAGUGACAUUCAGGAGAAUUAUAUUGAAAAACAACGCAAAGAAAAGGAAGACGUAUGAACUAUUUAUUGAGUCUGUGCCCCUUCUUAAGUCACUAGAGCCUUCAGAGCGAAUGAAAAUUGUUGAUGUAAUAGGGGAGAAGACAUAUCAAGAUGGGGAACGUAUCAUUUCUCAGGGUGAUAAGGCAGACAGCUUUUACAUUGUACAGUCUGGUGAAGUAAAAAUCUUGAUUAAAAGCAAGACUGUCACAGGCAAGGAUGCAAACCAGGAGGUGGAGAUUGCUCGGUGUCAAAAAGGACAGUAUUUUGGAGAACUUGCACUUGUUACCAACAAACCCAGAGCAGCCUCUGCCUAUGCGGUUGGGGAGGUCAAAUGUUUAGUUAUGGAUGUGCAAGCAUUUGAGCGGUUACUUGGGCCCUGCAUGGACAUUAUGAAGAGGAAUAUAACACAUUACGAGGAGCAGCUGGUGGCAUUGUUUGGUUCGAGCUUGGACCUGACAAACCCAGGCAAUUAGGCACAAGAACACCUUUGUGCCUUCUCAGCUCAAGACAGAGAAAAGUCUCCUAUUAGCAACAACGCAGCACCACACAAAUGAAAAUCGGACACUACGGGACAGUGGCUGUUGGUGUCUUCUUGGGCAUUUUUUUUAGGAACCCACGUAGGUCUCAGCAAAGCCGGAUGGGGUCAAGGUUUGCUCCAGGCCUCCCCUUUGCUACUGAAAUUGCAUUAUUAGACCUAGCUUACUGCUGAGUCUCUUAAUUCUCCUUUUCACAUUGUUUGGUUCAGAAUGGCAUGUCUCUCCAACAACAAUUCAAGUGCCUGAUAUGAAAGAUGUGGAGCCCUCUAUUUGUUGCUCUUGUUUAAAAAAAGAAAGAAAGAAAGAAUGAAAGAACUUUGUAAUCUGUGAUUUGGGAUAGCAGGUGGCUUUUCCUUCACUCAGGGACAGCCACCUCCUUAGCAGUGUCGUCGUUUUGACACUCCCCCCCCUCCUUGAGAGUAUCAAAAUCAGCUUUUAAUAAUGAUUGUGUACUUGGAUUUGAAGUAUUUGGUCCUGUCAAUGGGGAAGGGAAGGUUUCAGAGCUAGUUGAGUCUGCUAGUUCUGAGCUUUUCCUGCCAUCUGCUGGAUAUGGCUGUACUGCAACUCUUUAUCCCUUGAGAGUUCAAGAGGAACCUACCUGGCCAAUAAUGAAUGGUGAAGCUCAAUACUGAAUUGUGAGCAGCAUCUGCAACAGCAAACAUAGACCUUUUUAUAUAUAUAAAUAUUUAAGGCUGCAGUGAAUUUGAAUAAUACGCCAUAGGAUUCAGUGGCCACACGGGUUGCAGACGUAUUCUCUUCAGACGGUUUGUUGUCUGUUUCUUAAAUUGGGCUGAUUUGUGGUCCGUUGGGAAACAGUAGAACAUAACCCAAAUUCCUGUUUGUGGAGAUUCUUUAUACUCCUAGAGUUCGCAUGGCAUUGGCAGAACCAGUUUUAAUGCUCUUAAAAAAAAAAUUGGGUUUUUUUGUAACUUAAAGAAUAUUUAUGUACUAAAGGAGGCGCCUUUCAACUGUAAUACUUUACAACAUUCUUUAAUGUAAUUAGGUAAACACUUUCCAAUUACCAAGUCUAUUUGCUAAAUCUUUUUUUUAAAAUUCGCAUUUUACUUCAAAAGUGAAUGUUUUUGUUUUUUUAAAAAAACAAAACAAAACUAAAAUGAAAAAAAAUCUCAUUUACUCUCUGGAUUAUUGAUAACAUGGUUGGAGGGAUCUCUUUGAGAGAUUCCGUCAAUGACAUUUUUUUAAAAAAUGCCUGCUAUAAGCCAGCAUCACUUCAAAAAUAAGUGUCUGUUUGUAUGGCACUACUUACCAAAAGUAACAUCUGGAUGAAAUUUUAUCCAAGUAUUAUCUCUGCAAGAAUUUGACCUUAAAUCUGGGUCUUUUUAUAGCAUUAGAAAGUACAUUCUUAAAGGGGAAAAGGUAUUGAACCCAUGAGUAGUAACGUCAGUUGCUUGUUUCAUUAUCAGUGUUUCUCAGCAUGUUAUAACCAUGUCUAUUUUGCAGAUAGUUUUUCUCUAAUUGUGGAUUUCCACCUGACAGAAUAAGCAAACAUUUACUCAUUGUGGCUCUACCAUUUACACCUGAAGCAAUUCCACCGUUCUAAAUUCAUUCUUUUUGGCAAUGCCAAAAAUCCAACUUACAAGUCCUAGCAUCUUCGAGUUUGCUACAAUUUCUGUUCCUACGUUAGUAAUUUAAGACUUAAGUUGUACUGUGUUGUUGAAUCAGGGUAUGAUACUGUACUAGCUUCAAGGCAAAAGGGCCUUACUUUUGUGUGUGUUAUGAAUGCCACUGGAAAAGGUAAAACCCUUGUGAACAUAUCCUCUGUCUUUUUCCAAUGUCUCAAUUUCAACCAUAUGUUCUCUGCUUAUAGGAGACAGGUUUGUUACAGUCCCAAAAGCCCAGAAGAAAAUACGUUUCAUCCUCUUAAAAUUUUACACCAAAGAUAUUGUUUUUAAUUGUACAAUUCUCAGUUUGUGUAAACUUCUCCUGGGCUGUGGAUCUAAUUAAAGAGGAGAUGGGUGGGAAAAGGUCACUAUGCAGCCUUUGUUGGUUGUGCAGGGGUGGCGCAUUCAAGCCAUUAUUUUGUUUUGAGACUUGGGCCUUAGCUAAACCUAAGGUUUAUCCUGGGAUUGUCCCAGAGUCAUCCCUGUGCAUCUAAAUGACACACAGGGGAUCCCAGGAGCAGGCAGGGAUGACCCUGGGACGAUCCCGGGAUAAACCUUAGGUCUAGCUAAGGCCUGGGUCAAAUUUCAGUUCAGCCAAACAAGCCACAAUUUCCUGUCUGUAGAGGAUUUCCCCUCGUUUGUACAACCCUUGCUGAGCACUUGGCCAUUGGAACCCUGGAGGCAUUUUUCUGGGUGUCCAUUAGGUGCAGUCGAAUAUCAUACUGCUUUUUAGUACUUAAAGGUUGCACAACAUGGCAUCUCCUCCACCAGACCAAGCUCAAGUAAAGCUUGCUGGGGUUCUGUUUGUUGGUGUUGUGGUGAGAAUUCUGCCAUGGAGGAAUGGAUGUGCUGAAAGCCAUGUGCAGAACUGGAUAUGGAAUGGUAGGAGUUGUUACUGAUCUAUAGACUUCCUGCUGAACAUAACUUUCUCUACUUUUCUAAAGCAGGUAGUUGAAGGGCUGAUUUCCACAACCCCAAAUUGGCCUUACCUUUUCAAUCUGUGCAAAAUCUGUAUUUAUCUCUUUAUGUCUAUGGAUGGCAAACUGGCCAUAUGAAUCACUUUAUCAUGAGCACAAUUCACUGGCCAUUCCUGUGAUAACUUGUGUGAGAAUUCAACCUGUACAUUCAGUCCAGACAGACCUUUUUUUUCCCGUCUGCUGGAUUUAAAUACAAGUCCAAUUUGUGGUCGUGUGGAUUGCUCCUCGCACUGAAGAGAUCAGCAUUACUUUUUAAAACGAGCCAUUGGGGAUUUCUCCAGAGUGAAAAUGAUUUGGGUAUUGUAAUAUUAAAUGAUUUGUUGUGCAAUAUUUAGAGUGGAAGCUAGUUAGAGCAAUCAUGUAGACAUUUACUACUUCUCCCCAAUCCAGCUGGAGUCUAGCAACAUUGACUAAGAGUGGUUCAUCUCCAUCUUUGGAUCCCUGCUUUACCUUGGCUUCACUUACCCCGUAUGACUUAUUUGAACAUCUGUCAAGAAUUUUGCUUCUACUGGUUCCGCUCUUUGUUAAGGGGGAAAGAGAUCUGCCACUAGUUUGCAUAUGUUCAUUGGAGAUGUUUAGUUUUAAUAAGAGAACUCAAUAGCAAAGUGACUAAGAAGAGUGGCAUCUGUCCCUUUUUUAAUUUUAUGCUUGUUAUUUUGGAGGUUGCUGGGAGUUGCUUACAGUAUUACGAUAUUUCUGUUAAUGUCACAGCACAAGUUUUCACAAAAUGUAUUAAACAAAAUCCUGUCUGAAACAAAUAGCAAGAGAGUGCCGUUUUGAAAAAGGAAAAAAGAAUAAUCCCCUUUUCAGUUGUUCUUGACAUGUAUUUGCAAACUAGUCUUGCCAAAAAUGCAACUUUUCUGGGUCACCUCCCCGCUCCAAUUAUCUUUUGUUGUGAGUACUGCUGGUGAGGUGAGCAUGUUCCAUUCACUCCAACCACGUGUUUCAUUUGAAGAAGCCUUCCCUGUGGUUUCUCCCUGUACAGGCUAUAGGGCUAUGUUGGACCUUGAUUGCCCAGGAAAAAGCAAGUGGCUCCUAAUCUCUUAGGAGCAUGACACAAAUCUGCUGAGCCUGGCUAAAGCUUAACUGAUGUGCUACGAAUGCUUUCCUCCAGUCACAAAGGUAACUUUAAUUUUGCAUAAAGAUGCUACCUCAAGGCUCCAAGUGCUUUAAAUGUGUCUUGCCUGUGAGAAUUCCACAAAUUGGUUCUGAUAUGUUUUUCUGUUGCAUUGAGUAUGUGGGAUGUUCUCUUUUUUAUCUGUUGGGGAGAAGCUUAUUUUAACCUGUUUUUACAGCUAGUAUUUAGGGUUUGUUUUUCCCCCCCAACUAGCGUGGGCAGAUUUGCAGAGGGAUCGGUUCUUGCACUAUAGUAUUGCCCAAGAUGGGGAGAGAACAUCUGCCAUAUAAGAUGCUGGUCUCAAUCUGAUCUGGGAUUUGACUUCACUUCCAACUAAUAAAAGCUGACAUGCCAUGUCUAGCCUUCCUGAUUA